GGCUGCCGGUGGCGGGUGCCGCCCAGACGCGCGUGCCGCUCAUCCUCCACCGCUCGCACUGUGCCUCUGCCGCCAUCCUCUACCUUCACCACGACGGUCACGUUCGCUCACGCCUGACUUUCUCAAUCGUAUCUUUCUCUCCUCUGGAGACGCUGCUUGCAUGCUGUGCGCCGUUGGACGGAAUGGCUUCGUAGAGAGUCUUGCAGUAUCAAGACACAACCGACAGGUCGUCAUCUCUCAGUGCAGGCUGCGGCAUGCAAACGCAAGUCUCUCGUCAAUAGCGCAUCGCAAUUGGGCUGCGAAGCCGUCCGGUGCGCUCGUCGCGUACCAGCUGUCGGCUCGUCUAUUGUCCACAUCUACGCCACCGCCUGGAACGACGAAGACCAAGAACGCAAGCCCACCACCUAUUCCUGCUUCCACGAGCAAAUCCAAGGUUCAGCUGCGACCAGCACCUGUGAAGCCCGGCAAGCCGUCUGCGGCGCCCGCAGAACCCGUCUCAGCGCCGACCAAGUCGACAGGCGCGCCAGCUCUAAAUGCUGCCACAUCUGAGUCGGCACCAUCCACCACCCACGCAGAGUCGGUCAUCGAGGCGACGAAACACGAUCUUGAGGACGCGUCGCAGCAUGGCAUCCUGGUCCCGCCGCCGGAGGGUGCCUCCCGGGUCGGCAAGCUCUGGCACCAAGCCAAGGAACUCUUCAAAUUCUACUGGAGAGGCAUCAAGCUGAUCUGGACCCGACGUGCGCGCGUUCGGGAGAUGGAGGAGAGGGUCAAGGCGGGCGGGCCGCCGCUGGCGCGGUGGGAGGUCAAGUUCAUCCGGACGAACAACCGGGAUACGUUGAAGCUCGUGCCUUUCCUCCUUAUGGUGAUCAUCAUCGAGGAGAUCAUCCCGCUGGUGGUGCUCUACGCACCCGGCGUGCUCCCGUCCACCUGCCUGCUCCCCUCGCAGAAGGAGCGCAUCGACACUAAGCGGCGGGAGAAGCAGAAGACAUACGCCCUCAACAACAGGCAGAUGUUCGAGAAGCUCCGGCAGCGACUGUUGGCGAACCCGACGACGCCUGCGCGGACGCUAUUGGACAGCCCGACGCUGAUCGCCUUGAACGGUAUUCUGGCCCUGUCCACGAACGGUUUGGACGCCCUCCGUUUCCGGAGACUGCACCAACACCUGAUGGCCAUCGCAGAAGACGACGCGCUCUUGAAGCGAGAGUCUUUAGGGCAGUUCCUGAACCAGGAGCGCCUCAGGGAAGCGCUCGAGGAGCGGGGAAUCAUCACUGAGGGCCUUCCUCCCAUGACCUGGCAUGCGCGCCUUCAAUGGUGGCUGACAAACGUCGAGGGCGGGGACCCUUUCAUCCAGCGCGUGCUGCUCGUCGCGAGCAGCGGGGCGGGCAAAUUCGCAUGA